AUGACGAGGAGUUUCACCUCGCGCCGCCCCUACUGGACCCGUCACACCGCGCACGCCCAAACCACCAUGGCGCCGCGAACCUCGAUCGACGAGCUCAAGGAGCUCCUAGAGUCCAGCACCCGCAUACUAGCCCUCUGCGGCGCCGGGCUCUCGGCCGCGUCGGGACUGCCGACGUUCCGCGGCGCGGGCGGCCUGUGGCGCAACCACGAGCCGACCUCCCUCGCGACGCCCGACGCCUUCGAGGACGACCCGGUGCUCGUGUCGCUGUUCUACGCCUGGCGCAAGCACAUGGCGCUCAAGGCGCAGCCGAACGCCGGCCACUUUGCGCUGGCGGAGCUGGCGAAGAGGAGGGAGGGCUUCCUGUGCUUGACGCAGAAUGUUGAUGGUUUGUCCCCUCGCGCUGGCCACCCCGCCGCGCAGCUCCGCCAUCUCCACGGCAGCAUCCUCGACGUGAAGUGCUUCGAAGAAUGCGGCUACACCGAGCAAAACAACCUCUCGGACCCGCCGUGUCCGGCCCUCGCGGCCGCAGCCGCGGACUACCCGCCCGACCUGACGCUGCCGCUCCUCGACCCCAACGUCCCCACGCCCGAGAUCGACGUCGAGGACCUGCCGCACUGCCCGAACUGCAAGAACGGCCUGCUCCGCCCGGGCGUGGUCUGGUUCGGCGAGGCGCUCGACGAGCUCAUGCUCAUGGAGGUCGAUAACUGGAUCGCCCGCGGCAAGAUCGACCUCAUGCUCGUCAUCGGCACGGCGGCCGCCGUGUAUCCCGCCGCGGGAUACACGCGCAAGGCGCAGAGGAGGGGCGCUGUUGUGGCGGUCGUGAACCCGGAUGCCGAUUCGGCGGAGGGGCUUAUGCGCAACGACUUCUUCUUGCAGGGCGGUGCGGCGGAAAUCUUGCCUAGGUUGUUUGAGGGCGUUAUUGGGAAGAUGGAUGCGGAUGGGAAGAUUGUAGGGGCCUGA